UGGGAUAUAUUUUUUAACAGGGAAUUUGGGUGGGAAUUGAUAAAUUAUUCGGGAUUGGGAAUUAUUUUAUUUCAAAAGAAUGAUUAAAAAACAUGAAAUCACCAGCAAGCCAGUAUCUGGCGACGUGAUAAUGCAACCUGGAGUUGUUCCGUCAAGUAUAGAAACUCAGCCAUACCAGGAAACAUUCGAUACGAGUCUAUUGGUCGGGCCUGUGUAUGAAAGCAAUACCAAUAGAAAGAAAGCGGUCAUCAAGCAGGAGUUAUCAGAUAUCACCAAACGUCUUCAUCAGACUCUCUAUACAUACGACACAUUAGAUGAAUAUUCUGCUGAAGCUGCCUCUAAUGAUUCAUAUGUGGCCAAAGUACGAGAAAGGAUUAACGGACUAGAAUCAAAAGAGAUGAGAGAUCAACUAAAUGUUUUCGUUGGACGAUAUGAAGAGAUGUCAACAUCAGUUGCAACAGCCAACAAGGAACGAGAUGACCUUCUUCUAGAGUUGGCAGAUUGGUUCACCGCGGAUCAUACUGAUAUAGAAGGCAGUUCUGCAGUCAGUGAGAAAGAAGAAAGGGAACUUUCGAAAAGUUAUGCAGAGACCGUGGCUACGUUUGAAAAGCUGAAAAGAAUCCAACAACAAAUGACUGCAGAUCCCAGCAAGAAAAACAAAAUAUUAGCCGAGGAGAAGAGACAAGUUGGAAGAAAGGUUUUUGAUAACAUUCAACUCAUGAAAACAAUCAGCAUACAAACACUGAAGAUUUCUGCAGACACGGCAGAUUUUUCUCCCUGGAAGGAUGCUGCUGAUGAGAUUGUAGGAAUGAUGAAGAAAGUCAGGGAAGAAAGCUCGGAGGAAACAAAGGCUCUCUCUUCCAAGGUGUAUCAGCUCUUGAGUGAAUUAGAAAAGCAACAACAGAUCAUUAAGAGACUGAAUAAAGAAAUAAAGAGAGAGAAAAUUGUCAAAGGUCAGCUAGCAGAUGACUGCACUGACCUGAAAGUCCAAUUAGUACAAGCCACAGAAACCGUCAAAAGGUAUGAAGAGGACUUGGAAAAAGCCAAAAAGUUCAUAGAAAAACAGCUGAAAGAAAUGGAAAAAAGAAAGAGGAAGGAGGAGAAUGAAGAAGAGGAGGAGGAGGAGGAGAGCGACGAAGAGGAAGAUUCAAAACAGAAACUAUCCAGUAUAAUGGAAGAGCUGACAGGGCGUGAUGAUGGUCCAAAAGAGAUGCCCAGUGACCCCUUUAUUCUGAGGACUAGAAUACGACAGCAGGAAGACACCAUUGAAGCUCUGAAAAAGGAACUUAAGGAAACAGAUCUGAAAGUGAGGGAAUUUGAACCCAGACUUGAAGCAAAGGAUGCAACUCUAACAGAGUUAGAAAAUGAAAACAAAAACUUGUGUGCAAAAGUGGAUGAAUUAAAUGCUGAUUUAGUGGCCAAGGAAAAUGAAAUCAAAAAAUUAGCAGCUGCUGUCAAGAAGGCUUCAAGCAGACCACCUCCUCCUUGUAAGAAAUGCAGUAGAGUUAAACCUGCUGGAAUUCCUGAAAAGAAGGUUCCUGUUGAUGAGAUAAAGGACACCAACACAGCUGACCAAAUAAAAGCUAAAGAUGCUGAGAUAGAGAAAUUAACCAAUGCAAUCCAGCAAUUCAAGAAACUGUUGGCUGAAACGGAAAUGAAAUUAAGUGAGGCAUACAGAGAAAUCUCUGAUCUGAGAUUGCUGCAGUCUGAACACAUCUUUCCUGAUCAGAAACACAUUGAGAUGGAGCCAAAACUACCAUCAUCACAACAAUCUUUAGUCACUGAACUUAGACAGGAAGUUGAAAUGGAGGAAGUUGAAAGUGUUCAGGAAGUUGCCCCUAUGCAGGUUCAGGAAAUUCAGAAAGUAGAACCAACAAAAUUCCCAUCAGAAGAGGAAGCACCUGUAGAACAGGAAGAGGAAGAUACAGAAGUGGAAGAUCUGGAUGAAGAGGAAGAAGCUCAUGUGGAGAUAAAGCAAGAAACUGUGUUAGCAGAAAAACCUAUCAAACCCAAAACAGCUGUUUUGGCUGUAGAAAAACAGAAGACUCAGCCAAAAAGGCCCAGUAGAAAAGAGAAAACAAAACUGCCAUCUUUAGUUAGAGCCCCCACUAGAUUUACCAGACAGGAGCCCACUUACACUGAACAACCUGUAGAUCACGAGGACAUAUCCCAAAGAGAAAAAGUCCUCUUUCAAGUUGGUGAUUUGCAGAGCAGGAUGAAUGUGAUAUUGAACAUGGUUGCAGAUUUUGUGUCCUCUGUGAGUGGCAUGAUAUACAAAGAACCCAAGGAGACCAAAGCCAAUGGAGUUCGACCAUUUGAGUUUGGUGGUAUAGCUGACAUCUCAAGAAAGAAAGAGGUGGAUCCAAAAAAGGAGGAAUCCAAGCGGAGAAGAGCCCAGGUUAUGUUUUGUGGCCAGAAGAUCAGUAGCCUGCUAAGGGAAGUGUAUGAUCUCUUGUCUACAACAUUAAAUCUUCAGCACAAUGACUUUGAGAUGAUCUACAGAUCCUUCAAAAAGCACCAGAAGAAAAGGGCAAUGGAACAGGCCAUUAUGUCAGGAAGUCUGCAAAAAUACUAUGGUUCUGGAGGCAGAAAUACAUCAUAUGAUUAUCACAGACUUCACAGGACAGGGUCCUCAUUGAGUGCAGAAGAUCUGGGUCAGCAGAAUGUUUUAUUGUAUGGUUUCCACAGGUCAAAGUCAGACUUAGAUGUCCACAGCAAUUUUUCCUCAGAAUCUUUAACUACACAAUUUCUUAGGGAGAGGUCUCAAGUGUUCCUUACCCACUCUCCUGCAGAAACACCACAGGGACGAAAAACUGUCCUGGGUCAUCAUCCGGUCAGUCGGGAGGAAGUCUCCAUAGCUAAGACCACGGUGCCAAAGAAGGGGCUUAUUAAGCUGACUGCACUGGAUAAUGAACGCCAGAAUCCUCUUCUCUUUGAGAAGAAAGAAAGGGAGGUUUUACCAAUGGAAGCUGUUCGAGAACAACAAAGGAAACAACAAAAAUAUGAAAAGCAGAGAAAAAUGUUGAUCAGACGCAAAGACAUUAUGAAUCAGGUUAACAUUGGAAGUCUCCAUUUGGCUGAGGAGAAAGAAAAACAUGAUCUGGAAAUGCAGAUAGAAAACUACACAUUGGGUGAUCUCCAUCGCAACAUUAAUGAACUAACUAGCACAAUAAGGCAACCCUCUACAGAGAAUGUGAAGAGAGGAGGCAACAGAAUGAUGUCCAGUACAAAGUCUUUGACCCCCCAGCCACGAGGACUGGCCCUUCCGGCCAUUAAUACUAUCAACCUGUUCUAAUGGGAGAACCCAUGGGAAAACCAUGGCUUUCAAAUGUGCAAUUCACAUAUCUGAUGACUAAAUGGCCAUAAUUAUUUUCUUUCACAUGAGUAAUUGUAAAUUGUAUGUAAUGUUGUUUCCCUUUUUGUAUGUAUUAAAAUUCUAUGCAUCUGUAACCGUU